CCUGCAUUCUUUGGCAUGACUUUCAGGCUGUCUUUUGUAUGCUGUGAAGGAGGAACAGCUCGUGGAUCCAUUUGAAGCGAAUUCAUCAUCGGAAAUCGCAGACUUACAUUGUGGUUCCAGGACCUAGACAUUAGCUUACUUCAAUCUAUCGUAUCCACCUCGGCCGGAGAAGCAAAUUUCACGUUGUCUAGCGUAAAGCCUGGUUCACGAUGAUGGUGGUGAGGAGGAUGAAGAGGACGGGAAAGGCUACCGUCAAUGCCCUCUUUCUUGUCUACAUUGUUCUGAACACGGAUAAUGAAUGUGAAUUUCUUCAGAGUUGGUCAGAGUGAAGUAUAGUAUACAAAAUAAAAGAAAAAGAAAACUUGAUAAUGGAGAAGGUGGGCGCCAUAUUUGGGGGGAGUUCAGGGGGUUCCUUCCCCAGCAGGCAAAGGUCACUGAAAGACCGGUUGAGAGAUGCUCGGGAUGGCAUCGCUUCCAGCCUUGCCUGGCAGAGCAAGAGUCGGAGCGUGGACAGAGUUCUUCCGUCAUCGGAAACUGGGAGUCCACCGAUUGAUGCCGUGAUCUCAUCUACGUUUCCCCAGAAGGGGAUGGAGGAGGGAGGAGCUCAAGGAUCUCCCUCUGAUAAGAAGUCCAAAAUGGUUCAGCCACCCAAUGCCACCACCUACAAGGUGGAGUCAUCAGACACAUUGACGAGCAUAGCUGCUAAGUUCCAUCUAACUCCUUCUGAACUGGCAAAGAUGAAUCGUCUGAGUUCCCGAUUGGUAUUCCCAGGCCAACUACUGUAUGUCCCUAUCCAGGAACCAUCCAUGCAAGUAGAAGAACCAGCUGAUGAUGAGCCAUCUCAAGAGUCAAUAAUUGCUGUCUCUGAACGUGGAGAUAUAUUGGAAGCCAUCAGACCUGUUUCCCCCAAACCUGGUCACAUUGAACGUAUACUCUCACCAUGUGCAUCCCCUAGGCAUCCUAAAAGUUCUGGCUCUCAUUCUUUAUCACAAUCUGAGGAUGAAGAAAGGAGUUUAGACAAGGACUGCAUGGAGAAGUUUCUCAAAAUUAAUGUACGCCACAUAACUGAUGGGCAGGGUGUGGUGGCAGGAGUACUCCUUGUGACACCAAAUGCCGUGAUGUUUGACCCCAAUGUGUCAGAUCCACUAGUCCUAGAAAAUGGACCUGAAGCAUAUGGGGUCAUUGCCCCAAUGCAGUUUGUUGUCAAUGCUGCCAUCUAUUAUGACAUUGCUCACAUGAAGGUGAAGGACCGAGGCCCUGAAGCUUCUCUUCUAGAGAUGCCAAAACCUGAAGUAUAUUACCCUCCUGAGAGAAGUGUCUCAGAGAGGACAUCAGCAAUGGAGGAAAAGCAAGAUUCAGUGGUGUCAGACACUUCCAAAGCAGGCUCAGAACCUUUGGCUGAUCUACUCCAUGCCCAGAGUGUUGAAGAGGAAACAGAAGCUGAUAUUUCUAUUCGAGAUUCAGCUUCUGCCUUCCCCAAGGCCUUUGAAGCUGAUCUUGUCAGUCCUUCAUGUGGAGAGCAACCUGAAACUAGUGGGACUAAAGAAACAGGAUACAUUGAUGCUCAGGUGGAGGACAAAGAAGAGACAAAGGAAAAUGUGAAACUGAAUGCAAAAGUCCCUAUCCCUCACGAAGCAGAACAGGGUCAUGUGCUAAUCCCUACACCCCAGUCCCGGUCUCAUGCUCAUCCACAUCAUUCCCACUCCCUCCCUUCAGCUGGGAAUCUGCUCAGUCAGCCAGGUGCAGCCAUUGGGAAUGUUCUCAGCAGCCUCAAUCCUCGAGAACUUCUGAGAAGCAUCAGUGGUGAUGAUCGUUCCUCCUCCGCAAGUGAUCAGGAAAAUGAGCGAAAAGGCUCUGAUGGUGAUAUGUCUCAACCUCAGUCAAGGAAACAAAAGGUGCUUAAGAGACUGAGUCACCCAUUGACAUGGAUGGAGAGUUUGGGAUCUGGUGCUUCAGGAGAAAGCCUUGGUGGGACAAAGGAUCCUGCCUCUGCCCCAGCUGGCACUCCUCCUUCCUCCUCUGUUUUUGCCAAAAUGUUUUCCAGCUCCCUUAGAGAGAAUGUAGAAUCAGCUCAUGGGAAAGGUGUGGGGUCAGAGAAGAACUCCCAAAGUCACCACAUGAGCCUCCUGAGAAAGCCCCACUUCCACUUCACCCCCAUAGCCUCGACCCAGAAUGAUCGACUCUCAUUGGUUCAAGUCUUGGGUUAUGAGAAACCCAGGAAAAGCCAGAAGUCACGAAGGUCUAUCUUUCGAAUCGGAGGUUUGUCAUCUGAAGGGCAUAAGAGAUUGGAGCCAAAUCGUUCUGAUACUUGUUCCACAACGCAAGGGACGAAGCUAUCGUAUCGAAGCAUGGUCUCCAUGGAAGACAUGCCAGAACUCUUUGCCUCCUUUGACCAACUGAUGCCAAAGCCUGCAAAGGGCUGUGAUGACCCUCCUUUGUACCUUUGUCUCCGAAUGGGGCUCCCCCUGGAUAGGAAGCUGCCUCGAGGAACUCCCAUCAUGUCCUAUGGGAAGAAACAAAUCCAGCCCGAAUAUUGGUAUUCCAUUCCCAAGGACAGGGUGGAUGACUUGUAUCGAUUUUUCAUGCUAUGGGUCCCAGACAUUUAUGGACCAUUGGAAGAUAUGCAUCUCGAAGCCAAGGGUAUGGAGCUUGUCCCAGCUGAUUGUGAACUCUGGGAUGAGACUGGUCUGGAGGAAACUGGAUCUGAGCAGGACCCCUCGCACCUUGACAUAGGUGAUCUCAGAGAGUCUUGGGAGAUGCUCAAGGCACCCUAUGUACGUCUGUACAGCCUCGUGAAGACCAAGGCUCCUCGCCCACCUCAUUUCUCACUGGAAAAUCCAUUUGAUUACGACCCGUAUCCCCAAGAGUUGAAAAAUACUUGGUGGAAUGAGAUCCCCCUCCUGUACCUGUACUCCCUAAGCAUGGCACCCAAAAGUGUUGGUAUCAUUGCAUCCUCUGCUUGCGAUGGCACCUAG